GCCGCGUCCGCGAAAGGUAGUCGCGCCGCGUCCGCGAAAGGUAGUUGCGCCGCGUCGCAAAGGGAUAGUAAGUUAGCAGUUCUAAUGGCCGAGCUCGAAGUUCGUAAAGCCGCCUUGGUUGUUGCUCAGAGGCAGAACGAAACCGCACAGAUUAAGUUGCAGAUUGCGCAAUGUGAAGCGCAAUCUGACUGUGCGAGCGUUUCGUCGGCUGCUCACGAGCGCACCAAGAGUUGGGUAGAACGACAGGCUAGGCAUACGGAGCUCGCGAAAACCGAGAAUGUCAUUCCCGCGCCGACUAGCAAAAUUGAAGUUAAGCCCGAGCGUCCUAAACCGUACGGUAGUCAUUUCGCGCCGAUAGUCCACAAACCUCCUGAGUUGCCUAGCUUCGACGGCAACGUAACAGAAUGGAUAGCUUUCCGCGCGGAAUUCAACGACACUUCGCCUAUGUUCAGUGACGUAAACAACGUGAGUAGGAUUAGGCGUGCUCUCAAAGGAGACGCACGAACGGCAGUGAAAUCGAUUAUGUAUACUGUUCAAGACCCGCGAGUGAUAAUGGACGCGUUAGAGCGUCAGUUCGGCGAUCCGGACGAAAUAGUGUUAACCGAAUUGCAUAGUGUUAAACGUAUGCCACGUUUGGCAGAAGACAAUAGUAACAUUGCGUCGUUCGCCGCGCACGUAGCAAACGCCGUGGCUACAAUAAAAUCACUCGGGCAGGACAAGUAUCUACACGCGCCGGAAUUAGUAAAUAGAAUCGUUGACAAAUUAAAUUUGAUAGUGCGAUAUGAGUGGUCGAAAUACAGACGUGCUAAUCCCAGUUCCCCAGACCUCGUCGCGGUCUCUGAGUUUUUAAACGAGAUUAGCAUAGCCGCGAAACGCAUUAUCCGAAGGCCGACGCAUAAACUUCGAAACGCCGCCGACACGGUUUUCGUAGAGCGCAAGUCUAGACCGUCUAGGCAUUAUGCUCCCGAGUCCGCGCGCGAUCGUAGUACCGGUUCGGAGUCAUCAAAUUCGUCCGAUUUUAAUUACGACGCUCAUCAAGCAGGAAUUAGGUCACGACAGAAAGCAAAUGCGGCAGUUACUGCGCGCGAAUCUCGGCGAUCGAAUGAAGCUCUCCCGCGAUCUCACGCCCCCGCACUUGCCCGCGAUCGAAGUCCAAAGUCGGAAGAUAACGAGCCCGACAAACGCGUGGUGCAUACCAGCGUUAUCAAAGUAAAACCGCGAAUUAGUCUUCCCACUAUCGCGCAUGCGGAACGCCGCGAAAGUAGGGAACCCGCGCCUUCCGAAUCUAAACUCGGCCAGAAAUCCGCAGAGUUAAUGUCGUCCCGUGACACGUGUCCCAUAUGUAGAGGGAACCAUUUAGUCAGCACGUGCACUCAGUUUACGGAGGCAUCGAUUUCUGAGCGAUGGGAGUUGGUAAAGGAAGCACGGCUUUGUAUACUAUGCCUAAACGCGCACGCUAGGUCGUUUAAGUGUAGGUACGUGGCAUGCGGCGAAGGUCAAUGCGAAGCCCGCCACCAUAGGUUAUUACACGGUAGAAGCGCGGUCGCGGCCGCGAACGUUAGUAGUCCUACGUACGCCAUAAAUACAAUUAGUUUCGCGCCGAACGAACCCUCAGUGCUGUCGCUUUUGAAUAGUAGCGAGAGUGCAUAUACGCCCCUUACGUGGGGGAGCGAGAGCUCUCCGGUUACGCCUAGGGACGUACCCGCUAUCACGACAGUACCGACGGAGCGGUCAGUCAAUACCUCGUUCGACCGCGACAAACCCGCUAGCGUUGCGUCAACCACGCGAUGGAUAGUAGAACCCGAACUCGAUCACGAACGCGAGCCGCGAUCGCCGACGACGCGUGCAUCACCCGUCGACAUCACCGCCGCGAAAGGUCAUAAGCGACCGCGUGAUCCUAAGCCCGUAAGCUCUUUCGUACCAACUAACGGAUUUGAGUGCCUACCGAAGGCAAAGCAUUUUUCCGAAUUCGCUCAGUUAGUUAGGUCCACGGCCGAAGUUCUGGUUGCCGCUGAGGUUGAAAACGCCAUAUUGCCAUACGAGAACACAGAAACGGAAAUGAAUAAGGGAAAUCUGAUUUUAGCAGAGAUAUCGCUAAUCAGACGGAGCCAACUAGCCGCCUUUCCGGAAGAGAUGAAGUCCCUGGAAGCUGGGCAAGCGCCAUCAAAGAACUCUCCUUUGUCAAGAAUCACAGUGGAACUGGAUGAAUAUGGAGUCAUCGUGUCGAACGACGGAAGCCGAAGAGUACCCGUUCUGCACGCCAGCGAAGACUUCACCCGGCUGCUGAUUCCGCGCGAAGUGAAAGGGGCGGAGCUACACGGCAUGGAGGGGCGCGCUGUUACAUAA